UCAAAAUCAAAAGCACAAUCGAAGUGAAACCCCUGAACUGAACCCAAACGACAAUUCUUCUCUUGGCAGCGUGGGGACACUGUUGUGUUCGGUGUGCAAACAGACGAAACACUUUCUCUCCAAACCCAAGCAACCCACCUUCUUUCCUUUCUUCAUAUCUUCAAAACUCAAAAUAAAAAAGAAACAAAGAGCGUUUGAAACAGCAGCAGCAGAAGAAGAAAACGAUGGGUUUAGGUUGGAUAAUGAAUCAACAAUGCAGAAGGUGGACGACAAGUCGUGUAUGUGGAGCAACGUUUCUGUGUUGCAUGUGCUUUAUCCUCUUCACUCCCACAAUCCCUCGCUCUCCAAAGCACCACCAAUUCGUUGACAUGCGUAAUCUUCUCGGAGUACCCAACACGUUGAAUGUGAUGACCAAUUUCCCGUUCUUAGUUGUGGGGAUUCUGGGCCUUGUGCUUGCCCUCCAAGGAGGUCUCUUCAACAUAAGUUCCCAAGGAGAGGUUUGGACAUGGGCACUGUUCUAUGCUGGAAUAGCUGGGGUGGCUUUUGGCUCUGCUUAUUACCAUUUGAAACCCGAUGACCAUCGUGUGUUGUGGGACACUUUACCGAUGAUGGUGGCUUUCUCCUCACUUUUCUCUAUCUUGGUUGUUGAGAGAUUUGGCCAGAGGAUUGGGCUGUGUUGUCUGUUUGCACUCAUUGUUGCUGCAUUUCUAUGUGUAGUUUAUGAACGAAUUUAUAAUGAUAUUCGGUUCUGCAUGAUAUUCCAGUUGACUCUGCCUCUAGCUAUUCCAGUAAUAGCACUCAUGUACCGCUCCAAAUACACUCACUCAAGAUAUUGGUUUAUGUCUACAGGGAUUUAUCUGCUUGCAAAAUUUGAAGGUGUUACUGACAAGACACUGUACCAUGUAAAUAACUACAUUAUCAGUGGGCAUUCUUUGGAACACUUGUGCUUAGCUCUGAUCCCAGUUUCACUCAGCGUGAUGCUCAUCUACAGGGAACUUAAGUUUCAAAGAAUAGUUGAUGUUAAAGAUCGACCAUGAGGGACACAGAGAACUGAUGAUUGUUCAUUUGCUCCUGGAUGGUCGAGUGAAAAUGCCUUAGGAUUAUAUAAACCAUGGUCGGCAAAUUAGAUGAAGUUCUCCUCCAUAACUUGUAAGUGUUACUAGUUUAGCUGUACAGUGGGGCCAAAUUCCUUUAUCUUUGUUUAUAAGGGAAUCUCUGUUGACACUAAUCAUGUGAAUGAAAGCUUGUGCCUUUAAGAUUAUAUAGGGAUGUCAUAUGUAUGGAUGACGAACUGAAGUGAGGGACAAGAGGUUUCUACUUUGAAUUUGUUUUUCUCUGUCGUUGUUAGCCCUUCUGAAAACUGUGACAGCAUCAUUGAUGCAUCAACGUGAGAAUAACUAAGAUGCAGAAAGCACGAUAGAUUCUGCUGUGAACUUGUAAUGGAUGAAUCCAGGUGGCAAAAGAUGAUUGGGAUUGACAUUAGCAAAUUUCGUGGCACGUGGUGGUGCUUUAGAUGCUUACCUGGCAAAUAUAUGCUUCCUUCACAUGCUGUUGCUUUGUCCUUUUGAAUAACUUUUGUGUCUGCUUAUUUUAUGGCUCCUAACAUAUUCAUAAUCAUGUGCCUUGUACCCAUAUACAAAUAAAUAUUUAUUUGUAUUACGUUCGGUGA